AGGCGGGGAAACGGAAGUGGGCGGAGCUCCGACUGACUGGGAAAUGUCAGCUGCUUGACUGUGGACGAGUUUUCCUUUCCCGGGAAUCCGAAGGCCUUCUGGUGACCGCCACCGCCGUCGCCUGUGCUCGUGGGUCUCAGACCCUGGACGGCUGUGGCGGACGUGGAGCUUCUCUGUCCUUUCCAGACGCUGUCUGGCGAGAUCGGACGAUAUUUCUUGAAUACCUACUAUAUGCCAAACACAACUCCAGAUACUUAGGAUAUGGUAUGGAUAAAAUAGUUAAGUGCUACUGUCUUGGAAUCUAGGGAAGGAAAAAUAAAGGGAGACAAUGUAUACAAAGAACAUGUAUCAGUGAAUAGAUAUGGUUCAGAAGCAUACAUGAAUAACUUUGGUUCAUCAGAGUGAACAUUCAAUAAUGAGUGGUGCAGCUUUGGGACUCGAGAUUGUUUUUGUCUUUUUUCUGGCGUUAUUCCUACUUCAUCGAUACGGAGACUUUAAGAAACAGCAUAGACUUGUAAUUGUUGGAACACUGCUUGCUUGGUAUCUCUGCUUUCUUAUCGUCUUCAUACUGCCUCUGGAUGUUAGUACGACAAUAUACAACCGGUGCAGGCAUGCCGCUGCAAAUUCCAGCCCUCCUGAAAAUAACAGUACAGCAAUUGUUACCCCAGUUCCAAGCCAACAUCCAUGUUUUAAGCCAUGGAGUUACAUUCCUGAUGGAAUCAUGCCAAUUUUCUGGAGGGUAGUAUAUUGGACAUCACAAUUUUUAACAUGGAUUCUCUUACCUUUCAUGCAGUCAUAUGCAAGAUCUGGAGGGUUUUCUAUCACUGGAAAAAUAAAAACUGCACUGAUUGAGAAUGCAAUCUAUUAUGGCACCUAUUUGCUGAUUUUUGGAGCAUUUUUAAUUUAUGUAGCUGUAAACCCACGUUUACAUUUAGAAUGGAACCAACUUCAGACAAUUGGAAUAGCUGCUGCCAAUACAUGGGGUCUAUUUCUUCUUGUGUUGUUGUUGGGGUAUGGCUUGGUGGAAAUUCCUCGGUCAUACUGGAAUGGAGCUAAAAGGGGUUAUCUACUUAUGAAAACUUAUUUCAAGGCAGCCAAACUGAUGACAGAGAAAGCAGAUGCAGAAGAGAAUUUGGAAGAUGUUAUGGAGGAGGUUCGUAAAGUCAAUGAAAGCAUCAAGUAUAACCACCCAUUAAGAAAAUGUGUUGAUACAAUACUUAAAAAGUGUCCUACAGAGUAUCAGGAAAAAAUGGGUAGGAACAUGGAUGAUUAUGAAGAUUUUGAUGAAAAGCGUAAUACCUAUCCAAGUGAAAAGAGUCUGGUAAAAUUACAUAAACAGGUGAUUUAUUCAGUUCAGAGGCACCGUCGAACUCAAGUACAAUGGCAGAUUCUCUUGGAACAGGCAUUUUAUCUAGAAGAUGUAGCGAAAAAUGAAACUAGUGCAACUCAUCAGUUUGUUCACACCUUUCAAUCACCAGAGCCUGAAAAUCGAUUUAUCCAGUAUUUUUAUAAUCCUACAGUUGAAUGGUACUGGGAAUGUCUUUUGCGACCAUGGUUUUACAGGAUACUUGCUGUGGUUUUGUCUAUCUUCUCUGUGAUUGUUGUGUGGUCAGAGUGCACAUUCUUUAGCACAACUCCUGUCUUAUCCCUCUUUGCAGUCUUCAUACAGCUGGCAGAAAGAACUUACAAUUAUAUUUAUAUUGAGAUUGCUUGCUUUCUGUCUAUCUUCUUCCUAAGUAUCUGUGUUUAUUCUACUGUAUUUAGGAUUCGUGUAUUUAACUAUUAUUACUUGGCUUCACAUCACCAGACUGAUGCUUACAGUCUUCUUUUCAGUGGCAUGUUAUUUUGCCGCUUGACUCCUCCUUUAUGUCUUAAUUUCUUGGGUCUGACCCAUAUGGAUUCAUCCAUCUCUCACAAGAAUACUCAACCAACUGCUUAUACAUCUAUUAUGGGUUCCAUGAAAGUUUUAUCCUUUAUUGCAGAUGGAUUCUAUAUUUAUUAUCCUAUGUUAGUGGUAAUUCUCUGCAUUGCUACUUAUUUUAGUUUGGGAACCCGUUGUUUGAAUCUGCUUGGUUUCCAGCAGUUCAUGGGUGAUAAUGAUAUGACAUCAGAUUUAGUUGAUGAAGGAAAAGAAUUAAUCAGACGAGAAAAGAGAAAAAGGCAAAGGCAAGAAGAAGGUGAAAAUCGAAGAAGAGAAUGGAAAGAACGUUAUGGACAUAAUAGAGAAGAUUCCACUAGAAACAGAAAUGUUCAUCCUGACCCAAAAGAGUCAAAUUUCUCAGAUAUCAAUACCAAUUGGUCAUCCAAAUAUACCAGAGCUAAUAAUAAAACUGAAAGGGACCGAAUAGAACUUCUCCAAGAUGCAGAACCUUUGGAUUUUAAUGCAGAAACAUUCACUGAUGAUCCUCUUGAAUCUGAAUCAGGAAGGUAUCAACCUGGUGGACGAUAUCUCUCAAUGUCUUCCAGCAUAAUAUUUGAUGAUGUCUAAAGUCUGGAAAAAUUCAUGCAAUGACUAAUGAAGAUCAAAACAUAAGUUCAGUCUUUAUGAACAUCUCUGUGCCACAGAAUUUCCUCUGUACUCUCAGUGAAAUGUCAGAACAACAAAAAGGCACUGAGAAUUAAUUACAUCUUAGUAAUAAUAGUUUAUUGUUCCCUGAGUUAGAGUAUCAUCUUUUCUAUUAGGAUUUAUUGCACCAUUCCCUAAGUGUCUGCCUUAGGAAUACGGUCACAAUAGAAGGAUUUAAUUCAUGAUAAAGAUCAGUAUAUGUUGAGAACAUGUAAUCCAGUUUGUUUCAGUUAUUUUUUUUCAGGAGAGUUAUAUUAAAGGUCCAAGAAAGCCAUAAGUCAUACUAAAUAAUAUUAUACAGUUUUAUUAUUGUGAUUAUAUUUUUGCUGUUUCUAAAAAGUAUGUUCAACCUAUAUUUCCCAAAGAAAUAUAAAUGAGUGGAGACCUCAGAUAACAACCAUAUUCUCAAAACCUAUGUCUUAAAAUAAGACUUGCUUAUCAGACAUAACUGAAUGUAAAAAAGCUCUUUUUCAAGGCUGUGUGUAAAUUAGUGGAGGUUUUUGCAUGCAUUACUAAAAUUAUAAUUUAACUGAUAGCAUUAGUGUCUUUAGGAUGUAUACUCUAAUCAAGUAAUACAGUAUUCUUUCAGUCCUUGUAGUAAAUGGAAUUUUUUAUGAUUUUGGUAUUCCUCUGUAAAACAAUUUCAUUUAAGAGAGAAAUUUUUACUUUUAGCAUUUAGUAUAUUGAUUUCAGUGUUGAUUUUUCCAUUGAAGGAGAAAUUCUAAGCAUUAAUGGUGAAUAGUUUUAUUUGUUUUAAUAACCAAAGAGUUCCAAAAAUUCUCUCAUAUUUAAAGGUGCCUGUUUACACUUUUUAAAAGAAAAAUCUGGUUAUUCAAAGGUUAAGAAAUGAAUCCAUUUACUUUUAUUGCUAGCACUUAAAUUGUUGUUUAUAGAAAACAGAAAACUGAAUUAGAAUGAAAAUGUAAAAUAAUAACUUGUUGGUUAAACAUGCUUAUUAUUUUCAAUUGCUUGUUUUAAUCUUUUUGUUUAAGUCAAAGUUAGAUAUUUAUUUUAAAACAUCAUAGCUUUAUUGCAAAGUGAACAUGAUUAAAUGUAACAUGCUUGGCAGAGAAGUUUUUGUGGCACUGAAAUAUUUGUACAAUAUUUCAAAUCCCAUGCUAUAUUUGAUGACCAUACUUGAGCUUGCCCAGAUCAAGUUUCAGUUUAAUACCUAUUAUCCUUGUAAUUAUUACUUUCACUCUCAGCUGUGUCAGUUUGAAGAUGAAUUAUAUGGUCAUCCUAAUAAUGUGCUCUAUGUUUCUUGAAGCUAAUCUUUUCUUGAGUCAUAAAUUUAAAAUUUUCAUUUCUCUCUUUAAUGAGUGUUAUCAUGUAAUGUUUUAAAGACAGUUCUAUGAAGAUACUGAAAAAAAUAGUACGUCAUCCUAAUUAUCUGAUUUUUUUUAAAUUUUGUGUUUUUAUAAUCUUUGAUAUUUGGUCCCUUUAAAAUAAUUAUCAGUGGAUAUAUUUACUAUUGAUUGAAGGUCAUAGAGACUGCUUAUUUGAGGAUACGUAUACCUUUUUUUUGGGUGGAGGGGUUACCAGAAAUUGAACUCAGGGGUACUCAACCACUGAGCCACAUCCCCAGCCCUAUUUUGUAUUUUAUGUAGAGACAGGGUCUCACUGAGUUGUUUAAUGCCUCGCCAUUGCUGAGGCUGGCUUUGAACUUGUGAUCCUCUCGCCUCAGUCUUCUGAGCCUCUGGGAUUACAGGCACACGCCAUCACGCCUGAGGAGGACACCUAUACCUUUUAUUGUGCUGUGUGGUCUGAGAGCAGUAGGCCAGAAGCAGUAAUUUAAUACCAUUUGUAAUUUCAGAAUUUACCUUAGGCAGAUCAUGUGACCUUUCAGUGCCUCAAUUUCUUCAUUUGCAAUUGAAGAUGACACUGCUGUUUAUCUACAGAUCUACCUCACAAAACUAUUGUGAGGAAAUUGAGUUGAUGCACUGGAAUUUAGAAAGACAAAAACAAGUUGUUAGCUAUGUUAUUUUUCCUAGUGGUGCUUGAAGGUGUUGCAUGGUAGAAAUGAUCUUCCCAGAAAGAGGUCUGAUUUCUCAUUAUUACACAGAAGACCACAAGUCCACAGAGCAAAAAAAAAAAAACCUCUUUUUGGACUAAUUCAUCAGAAGUCCCAUGAAAAUUGUGUUUUAUUAUUUAGUGUUUGGUUCACUUUGUAAUAUUUUUCCUUAGCAGAAUGUUGUUUCUCAUCAGGUUUUUCCAUGAUAUUCUGAUGCUGUUGUACAAGUAGAAACAAAAAAGAAAAUUUCCAAUUACUAUUAUACUAUCUUUUAUAGCACCCUAAGGUAAAUUGAUAAGAAUAUAUAAAGGAAUCUUACUUCUUUCCUUUACUAUUAAAUUUUUAUCAUUAUAAUAAUUGAAGCAUAUAUGUAUACACAUAUACUUUGCAGAUAGUAUAUGUUCAAUUAUGACUUUUGAAUUAUUUCCAAAAUAAUUCAUGGUUAUUUCAGUGAUCCAGAGUAUUCAAAUUUUAAAGCAGAAUUUAUCUUAUAGGAUUUUGUAUACAAUCAUAUACAAAAGUUACUUUUGCUGGGUAAAUUUGAGUUCAGAAGACAAUGAUUUAACCCCUAAAGACUCAGUUCAUUUCUGGAGGUCUAAGUUAAUAUUUUUUUAAACCACUUUGUGUAGAAAACCCAUGGUAUUUGCAAAAAUUUUUUCCUUUUUGUUUUUGGUACCAAGGUUUGAACUCAGGGGUACUUGACCACUGAGUCACAUCCCCAGCCCUAUUUUGUAUUUUAUUUAGAGACAGGGUCUUAGUGAGUUGCUUAGUGCCUCACCAUUGGUGAGACUGGCUUUGAACUUGGGAUUCUCCUGUCUCAGCCUCCCAACCCUCCCACACCUCUUACAGGUGUGCACCACCAUGCCUGGCACAUUUUUCUAUCUUGAGAAGCUUAUUAACAUAUAAUGACAUCUGUUGCAAAAUACUGCAACCAAAUUCAUCUACUUUACAUACAAAAUGCACUUCUUGAAAAAAGUAUUUCUGGCAAUUACUUUUUUUUUUUUUUUUUUAGUAUCCUGGGAUCGAACCCAGUGCCUCAUGCAUACCAGUCAAGUGCUUUACCACUGAGCCACAUCCCCAGCCCUCUGGCAAUUACUUUUUGAUGUCUUUCUUACAUGUUAAUAAAUAUCUGGUUAGAAUUUUCUAAAUUAUUAUUAUUUUUUUAGAUAGUUAUUAGGUAUGGUUAUUCUACAAGCCAGUAAUUCAAAGUAACCAUUGCAGAAAGUAAUUAUAAUCUGUAAUUUUCAUGAAUCACCUAUAAUUAACUUUUAACUUAAUCACCUGUAAUUAACUAAUUAACUUUUUUUACUACUUAAAUAACAUGUUAUCAAUAGAGCAUUUUGUAAAAAAAGAAUUCUUAAGAGAUAAAGUCUAAUUAUUAAAAUUGGCUCUCUUACCAAAUGAAAAUAAGGGCAUUACAAUAAUUGCAUCACACAGAAGGCCCUCACUUCACAAAAGUAGUAAUAGCUAAAUCAAAACAUUAAAGGUUUUCGCUUUAUAAAAGAAUAAAUCAAACAAUUCAAUAAUCCAAACAUUCAGAAAUAAAUGCUGCUAUUUGUUUUUGGCCUCUACUUUUUGUUUAGAUCAUCAGUUCGAAAAUUUAUGCAGAAUGUAUACCCAAAUCAAUGUAAAGGAAAAGUCAGUGUAUGUUUCUUUAAAAUUAUGUUUCAGCAUGUUAAUGAAAAAAUUGCAUUUUUCUUUAAUAGCACAUCUAAUUUUUUAUACCUUUAAUGAGUUUACAGAAUGUUCUUGUGAUAUGUUGAUUACUAUAUUAAAGAGAAAAAUAAACUCUCUAUUAGGAUUCACACUGUUUAGUAAGGUUAAGUUUUGUACUUGUGAUUUGAGUGGGAAAGUGUAUUUUUGCACUAAGAGACAAAAUUUGUCCUGAGACAUGUUAGCAUACUUGAACUCCAAAGUAUAAUGGAUCGUAUUAUAUUAAAUCCUAAAUGUUAAGAAGUAAAUGUAUUUAGGGUUUUGUCUUUCUUUUCUGCCUCCUUUUCUCAUUUUAUUUAUGUCUUCCUUUCUGAGACCUCUUUCUAGUAUGACUUCAGUGUGUUGACAGAUUUUUCUUCUAUUUGUUUUUGUGUAAAUUUGUUUUGAUGAGCAGUACACUCAAAAGGAACUACUUCUGACUACAAAUCACACUACUUGAAAUAACAGUAUUGUACUUAAAGUAGUGAAACAGGUUUUGCUAGAUAGCUAAGCAACAUCUGGAUGUAAAUGUGAAGUAUGCUGGCUCAGUUGUGUUGUCUGUUAGGUCACCAAGGAGAGUACUUCAGUAAAAUGAAUUGUUUUCAGUAAGUUUUAGCAUAGGAAAUGGAUUUCCAAAUUUAAAAACCCCAAAACGUUAAGAACCUUGUGACCUUUUUCAUGAAAAGUGAUUCAUAAAUAAUAUAAAUUAUUAAAACUUUCCUUAGGAUAAUUGAAACAAUAUAAGAGGCAUCUUCCAUAUGAAUUCCCCUUUGUGUAGGGUACUUCAACUCAGAGGCUUUUUCAAGAAGAUUGGGAAACUAGGCGGUGUAACCCACUUCUCCAGCUCCUAGAAUCAGGCCUUUUGAGUCAUCUCUCUUAGCAGGACAGACAUGAGUCUGAUCCUAUUUUUUCUAUUGCAAAGGGAACAUUCUUUCUGUGCUUAGCCUGGUUUAACUAAAAAUUUUCCCCCGCCAUUUUCAAAAGAUUUGUCUAUUGAGGUAAACUGAGGUGUUGCUAUAAUUUUAAAUUUCUUAAUAAAGACUAUUCACAUUUUUCUCUUUUCAUAGGUGUUCUAAAAGACAUUUGUUUGUGAUACAUUCUUUGGGAAAAAUUAGCACUCCCCCCCCAAAAAAAAAACCUUUUCUUUUGUGGUUAUCUUCAUCUAAAAUCAUUUUGUAAAAGGAAAAUUUUACUGUACUUGGUGCAAAAGAACAGAAAGAGUGGCUUACUGUGGCAGACAUGUAAAGUCAUAAUUUAUUAAACUGUACAGCACUAUUUAGAGUUGAUAUUAUUGACAUAAAUCUUACCAACCUAUAUACUUACAUCUGUAUUUAUCACAAGAAUGGUGACUAGCAUCUUCCCUACUUAGCAUAUUAAGUUGUAGGGGAGAGACCGUGUAUUUAUUUUUUAAAGCAAUCCAAUGGAUUUGUUUUUGUCCAUAUUUUGAAACCAACUUGAAGGAUUUUCUCAUUUUAGAAUGUAGAGAAUAUGUGGACUUGCUUUUAAAAUUACUGUACCCUAACAUAUAUUUAUAUAUUAUAGGAUUGAAAAAUACAAAAGAACUCUAAUAUUGAUGUUAUUACUUCAUGGUAUUUAAUUUUUAUAAAUGUUUUUGUAAGUAAUUGUAGUUUUGCUUUUAAAAUGUCUAAAACUAUUUCUCAAAUAAGUUCUGACCAGACCCUUUUCCUUAGGACAAUAAAUUCUAAGCUUCAGUAGUCUAAUGUGGAUUUGAAAUAUUCCCACAAUCUCUUCAGUAUGUUUUUGUAUAUACCAAUAUCCAAGCAAAGUAUACCAAAAGGCUAAUUUCCAUGUUGCAUUAAUAAAGUGCUUGUUAUUUUGCCUUCUUCUAAUUCAGUUGAUUAGGUGAAAUAAAAGAUAAAUUUCUCAAAUGUGCAUUUGAUUAUGAUUUUUCAAAAUGUUCAUUCACUGUGUUCAUUUUUGGUGCAUGAUGCCAAAUUUCAUUUUAAUCAGUCAUUAUUACCUGAUAUGUAAUGACGGAUGUUUUCCUAUCUGAUCAGUGGGUUGUAGAUUGAACUAUUUUUCUCUUUAGAUGUAGAUUCUCAGUACAAUUUCAAACAUGUAUUUGGGGAAAGCUGCAAAGUGCUAUCUAUAAGUAAGUUAGCAUCAUUGGCCUUAUCUGUGCAUAAUGUUCUCUCAGUUUGAAUUUGACAGAUUUAUUGACUUGCAGCUCCUUUGUAGUAUUGUAACUUAUUGUGAUGUAAUGAAUUUUUGAAAUGUUUAUAUGAUUAGUUGUUAAAAUAUAGGAAAUUAUGUAGCUUUGCAUGAAAUAAACAUUUCUCUAAGUUAUGAAGAA